AUGGCCAGCCUGUGUAAGGGACGGACGCUCUAUUCUGUGGUGAGGGAUGCCAAAAUCGUCUUGGAUGUCAACAAAACGAGGCAGAUUGCUCAAGAAAUUGUGAAGGGCAUGGGCUACCUCCACGCAAAGGGGAUCCUUCACAAGGACCUCAAGUCAAAGAAUGUCUUCUAUGACAACGGCAAAGUGGUGAUCACAGACUUCGGGCUCUUCAGCAUUUCCGGGGUGCUGCAGGCCGGCAGGCGGGAGGACAAGCUACGCAUCCAGAAUGGCUGGCUCUGCCACCUGGCACCAGAGAUCAUCCGCCAGCUGUCUCCCGACACAGAAGAGGACAAACUCCCCUUCUCCAAGCACUCGGACGUCUUUGCGCUCGGCACAAUUUGGUAUGAACUCCACGCCAGGGAGUGGCCUUUCAAGACGCAACCAGCAGAGGCAAUAAUCUGGCAAAUGGGCACAGGCAUGAAACCCAACCUCAGCCAGAUCGGCAUGGGAAAAGAAAUCUCGGACAUUCUUCUCUUUUGCUGGGCCUUUGAACAAGAAGAAAGACCUACCUUCACUAAGCUCAUGGACAUGCUGGAGAAACUGCCAAAGCGGAACCGCCGCCUGUCUCACCCCGGACAUUUCUGGAAGUCUGCAGAGCUGUGACCAUUGGACAAAGGGACAGCACUCAGAUGCCUCAGCCCCCGAGCCACCUCUCCUUCCCUGCUCUGCCCUCUGCCAGCUCAGGAGGCCAGAGGCUCACCAUCAGAGGGUACCGACCCCGGCCGGCCUGGGAGCACUGCACGACCGAGCUCGGCAGCUUCCCCACUCCCCAGACCCGUGCCCUUUUGCCCGGGCAGGGCUCGGGACCCCUGAGCUAGGACUUACUGGGGCCAGCCAGGGAGACGCGGGAUUGAUCCAUGCGGCCCAGGGGCCGUGUCGAGAAGAGAACUGGAGGCUGAAGGUGGAGCCCCUGGACCAAGGAGGCGAGAGCAGGAGGCCCACGUGGGCAGGCUCACAGGACCGGUCUGUGUGUACAUGCGUGGCUCGGUGUGCAAUGCCGUUUGCUCUCCAUCCCCCGUGACAAGCAAGAGCCCCCUGCUGCCCCAGCCCUGGAGCACCCCUCAGCUGACUCGGUCCCUGGGUGGUGGGUCCCAGCUGCACUCUCUGGAAAGAUGGGGUGGGGUGGGGAGCUGAGGCCACAGGGCCAGGACCUGGGCCAGGACCUGGGCCAGGGAGCUCAGCUGUUCCUUUGUAAACAUCUGUUCUCAGAGGCUCCCACCCAAGCCUGUCACGAUCUGUGGCUCCUUUGCACGUAGCUCCGAAGUGCACAAACAGUCUUGCAUGUCUUUGAGUUCUGGGUCUCUCUGGGGCAUGGUUCCCCAUGUCUGCCACCUUCUCCUGUUCUGUGAGGGUGCCGUCCCUUUACGCCUUACUGCUCCCAUGCUCCCCUGCCAUUUGAAAAGCACAGUGGCUUCCCCGCCAAGAGGACUUCUCAGGGCUCCUUGCAGCUCGCCUUCGUCCUUGAUACCCCCCUGAAGUCUGGGCCCUGAGAACUGGGGGUCUGGGGAGGAAGUUCUAGAACAUUCCUUCUCCUCUCCUCCUGCUCUGGCAUCGACACCAGCUAAGUUUGUCCACCACAGAGACGGGCGCGGGUCCCGGAUAGAUGUGUGUUGGAUUAUAUGGCGUAUGCACGGCAUCUUGUUUGCAAAGGAUCCCCCCCUUUUUUACCCUUAGUAAGUCCUCUGGGGGAGGUGAGGAGGAAGGCUGUAGAGGUUCUGCGUUCUCAGCUCCAGCCUGGUGCCGAGUCCCAGAGUGGUUUCCCCAUGAGAGGUCUGUCUUGUGCUUGCUCAGUGCUCAUGCCUUCCAUCCCUCCCUCUCUUUCCCUUCUGGGCUGGUGGCUUUUCCCAGCCACCUUGGGACCAAGUGUUGUGCGGGAAGGAUCCAGGAAGCAGGUCAGGCAGUCAGAGUAAUACAGUGAGCCUCUUGUCUUAUGUUCUUAUGUUCCACCCCUUAUGAGGGGAUGUCUUCUGUUCCCAAAGCCCAUCUGACUUGGCACCAAAAGGAAACCUGUCCCCCAGCAGGGCGGUUGCGGGGCAGCUGGGCAGCAGGUAGGAUGCCCAGGGUCAGCCCACAGUCUCUCUGUCCUCCCUGGGCACUGCCCAGGCUUGAUUUUCUUCUGGUCACUACCUUAUCCCGACAUCCCCCUCCCAGAGAGGGGACCUAAGACUUCAAAAAUCCUACCUGAGCUCAGACUCAACAUCCCACCUGAUAUAAGGGGUGUGUGGGGGUCUUCCCUGCCUUGGGUGAUCCCCAGACUGAUUCAUGCUCUGGGGGCCAAGAUGCUUUCCAAACUGGGAAAAAUAAUGAGAUAGUCAUGCUUCUGGAGCCUCUGGCCAAGGGGUACCUCUGAGCCUCCCAGAGGGCCUUCCUGAAUGGGCUCCCACCUGCACAGGACCAGAGACUAAAGGCCCCCCUGUGGGCUAGUCCUAAGCGGAUGUACCUCUUCUGGGAACUUCUAUUACUGUGGCUCCUGGCUCAACACUUGUGUAUCUCGGGGCCGUUUUAUACACACCUGCACAAAUCCCAGCAAGCCAGCUGGUGGACCAACCCCGAACAUGGGCUUGGGCCUGCCUCGGCUCUGCCCACCAGCUCCCCAAAGGCCUGAAAUCCAAUCCUGGCUCCUCUUGAAUCCAAUCAGGACUUCUGGGGUCCAUGGGCCCCAGUCUUUGUCAUGGACCUAAGUGCGGGAAAGGAAAUGAGGACGGGAAGGAGCAGACCGGACACAGCUGCCCUGCAGCUGAAAUGCCAGGGACUGCCAGGACUGCUCCCUCCUGCCGCUCUCAUUUCCAGAAUUCACUCACAUGGCCCCCCAGAGCCUUUGGCAAGACCCAGGGGUGGGGCUCCAAAGGCUGAUUUUUCCAUUUGUUCACAAGAACCAGCUUAAGAUUAAGGGCAAGGUCUGAGGGAUCCAGGGGGAUACCCCAGCCUUCCCGUCUCCCUAGGAGUUUCUCUGCUUUGCAAAACAGGGUUCCUUGGGUCUGUCCUUGGCCCCACGUCACCUGCUCUUGACUUUUCUCCCUCUUCACCCAUGUCCUUACUUUGCCCCCACCUUCCUCAGUCUCCAGCAGCCAGGCUUCCGAAGCCCCUCCCUGCCGCCCUCCUCCUGGUGACGCCACCCUGAAUUGUUUAGAGGGCACUUUUCAUUUGCAGACAUUGCAAUUCAAGGAAGAACCAAAUCUCUGCUUUCCCUGCUGACCUCAAUCUUAUUCAUGAGUCAAAUAUUGGGAGGAGGUCACAUUCAUUAAUCUUUUGCAAGGAAAAAAAGAAAAAGAGGGGGGAGGUGUGUGUAUGUUUACAUAGUCAUUGCCAGCUUCCCCUGUGACUCAUUCUAUAGAAUCCACACAACAAAGACUGCGUGUGUGUGCACUUGUCCCCAUCACCGCUGUGUGUAGGUGCCCUGUGCCCGACAGCAAGUUGUUUAUCCCUGGGCCCUGCUCUGAGCAAACCCUUACCUACACAGGCUUCCCAAGUGCACCAGUCCCCAGAGUGACGAUGCCCCGGGGAAGCCUUGACCUUGCCUUCUUUGAAGGGCACGUGGAUUUGCACCCUGAAUGCUACCCAACUUCCCAGGCCACGUGCAUUUGCUACAAUGGGGCCCCCUUUCCAGGGAGCACCCCCUUGGCCAUAUGUGGGGAUAUCCCCGUGCAUGAAGCUGGAGACUCAAAGUCUUUACUUAAUUCUGUUUCAUCCUGGUUUUCCUUUUGCUGGUCAACGGGGAAAACCCCAUCUUGCCAGAGAGGCCCCCCUCUUUCUGGCUUCUUGGUCCAUAGGAGCCCUGGAUUGAUCUCUGACGACUAGACUUUUGUAUCUAGGAUACCUGGUCCUGCCCCUUUCCCACCCCACCCCCCCAAAACCAGACUUCAUCUCCUCCCACAGGUUUUGUCCCCCCUCACUGCCAGUGACUGAUCAUCUAAGGAAAUGGUAUACGCUUGACCCGGGCCCAAUCCCCAUCUUGCAAAAUCUAGAACUGGAGUGGCCAAGUAUGGCCCAGGGCCAUAUCCAACCCCCCCCCCCGAUAGUUUUUACGUUCUCUAAUUGAGGAAAAACCAGAAGAAUAUUUCAUAAUACAUGAAAACUCUAUAGAAUUCAAAUGUCGAUAAACGAAAUCAUAUUGGCACGCGGCCACCGCCAUUCAUUUCCGUACGAACCACGGGGUUUGGUCCUGUGGUGCCAGAGACAGUGUGGCCCAUAAAGCCGAAAAUACUUCUUCUUCUUUUUUUUUUUUUUAAAGAUUUUAUUUAUU